AUGAGCAUGGACGACCCUGUGGAGAUGAUCAGAGUUUUACAGCAAAAAAUGGAUGAAAUGCAGCAACGACAUGAGGACGAGUUGGCGGCGGUGAAGGCCGACUGUGAAGCCCGGAUAGCCCAGGAGGUUGGAAGGGAAGAUGAAGGAGAGGAGCGAGCGGAUAAAGGAAAGGCGACGGCGGAAGAACGUACGCCUCAAGAUACCGAGUGUGAUAAAACUUGGAGGCCUACCGGGUCAGAGGCGGAGGGAAGUAAAGCUAAAUCGGUGCAUGCAGAGAGCGCUGCCGAGGAUAGACGAAUGGUGGUGAAAUCGGAGCCCUCAUCCACUUUGUUACUUCCCUUCACCCAAAACAUAAUGGAUGUCCAAAUCUCGGAACAAUUUGUGGCUCCACAAUUUAAAAUGUAUAAUGGCACGACGGACCCCGAGGCCCAUAUCAAGACAUUCUCGAAUGCAAUGGCAUUCCGAACGGGCAAUGAUGCCAUUUGGUGUCGAGCGUUCUCGCUUUCAUUGGAGGACGAAGCAUUGGAAUGGUUUAACACCCUCCCUCCUAAUUCCAUAGAGAAUUUCGCUGGACUGAAACAGCUGUUCAUUAAACAAUUCGCGGCCAAUAGUACCCAAGACUUGACCGUAUUCGAAUUGGUUACCCUCAAGCAGGGGAAGGAAGAAACGCUAUGGGCGUUCAUGGAUAGAUACCAGAAAACCGUCCGGCGGGUAAAGAGCCUGACACCAGAGCUCGCCCUCCACUACAUUCUACUGGCCCUCAAGCCGGGACCGUUCAAAGAUAGCGUCUGCAGACGAGCGCCUAAGACGAUGGAAGAGUUGAGAGAGCGGGCGGCAGAUGAAAUAAGGGUAGAGGAGAUGAAGCUCUCCUAUAAGAGGGAGAACCAGGAGACGAGGGGGGAAAGGGCGGACGGCGGUAAGCCCGGUGCCUCAGCAGGAAAACCGUCUGGCCCAAGACAUAAGGAGCAGAGAAGAUGA